AUUCUUUUCGUAUUUCUAAACAGUAUAACUUGAACACCUUAUGCUUCGAGGAUAUGAGAGCCUAACUCUGGCAUUGUAUAUCUAUCUUGUACCAACGAUCACCCUGUGAGUCCUUUCGAAGUACCUAUCCGGUCACCAUGUCCGAGGAUCUCCGCCGUACUACGAGAGGCAGCUAUAAUGACCCAGGGCCUAAGCAUGCUCGAAAAAGCCAACAGCGAGCAGCUUCCUGUGACUCGACUUUCAGAGAUGGACAGAGAAGACAGCCUCGUCCAUCAGUAUCUCCACUAGUAGCUUGGGAUGAUUCCGCCCUCCACGACAAGCACUACAUUCCUUUCAGGGACGAUGGUGAUUUGUUUCAAUUGGAAGAUGCCCAUAUGGGCGUUGCUAUACGGCGAACGGAGAACACAAACGUCUUUCACGACUCUGCCAGCGAGGAAUACCUGUCAUCGAGGCCUUCUUCUCCUGCAGAGAGUGAUUCGGUGGAAGACUUCGUGGAGAAGCGGUUUUCACGACCUGCCGAGUACUUCCAGGAGCUAGAUGAUAUGACAUCUAAGAUAUAUCAAAACUCGGUGUUCAAGCGAUAUAUCGAUGGAACAAAAUAUCGGCCAUUCGAUACCAAGAUUGACUUCGAUCUCGAAACCCCAUUUCUCGAGAAUGCAUCAUUCCAACAAUGCGGGACAGAGGAGAUACUCUGGUUUUGUCAGGAGGUCACAGAUUUGGCAAACAAGAACGUACCUGGUCCAUCCCAAUCUCCACACCUGGCGGAUCAUCGAAUGGCCUGGGAGAAUAUCAAGACAAUGAAAGAGGCACAUUAUUGUGGGAGCUUUAUCAGCCUGCUCGUUCUCGACCGCACGCGCCAGAAUGUUGCCAGACUCGUUCGAAUUGAAUGCGGCAAGAUAGAAGAGUUGGUGAACACAUUCGAGAUAUGCCUCUUCCAGAUCAUCUCUGGCCUUCCUAAUGAUGUCUUGCUUGCGGUUGUCAGUACAUAUGCGAGUGAGGUCUCGGCGGCUUGUCGACAGCUGCUCGUCGAUCUUGAUGUGAAAAUUCCAAUUAAGCUUAAAGACCUCUGGCGAUGUACUGUUCAUGUUCUCGACUUUGCAGUCCUGUCCUACGCUGGUGCUCACACGCAGGUCUUUGGCAAUCAUCAAGUUAUGUCCGUUACGUUACCAGGCCCUUUCUUGGAGACGCAGUACUUUGGGGUUCGUCUAAGAUCUUUCUCGUGUCUCAGCGAAUUCCUCGGUCGGCAGCAGGUUUGGGUACUUGAAAGUUUUGAUACGUAUCUUUCGAGCCUACUCGGACUCGAGGAGCCGCCUCACUUAUCUUUGUCGACGGACGCCAUGACAUUUGGGGACAUUUGGGGUCCAAUGUGGAAGUCCUCCGUUCUUGGUGAUGAAGAGCGGAUCGUUCAGUACAAAGUUGGGAAUGGGGUCAUAAUUCCCUGCCAUACACGAUCGGAGGGCUCACGAGACGCAGUGAAGGCUCAAAAAGACGAAAUACUAAAAGGUGAAAUAGUCUGUCAUUGGAUGUCAAACAAAGAGAGCCGCGAAGACAAGGAUUUCGCAAGGGCAUCAUAUCUGCGCGAGAAAGACAUCCUUCUCAUAGGAGCCAGUGUCAGGUUGGAAGACAAAGGCGGAUGCCCUGAAUCGACGGCUCAGCUCAGAGAACGAUUUAGGGACUCUGGAGCUCUUUCCCAACCUAGUACUGUCAGUCCUGGCUGGGAAUUGAGUACCGUAACAGGGGCACUGCAGGCUACACCACCAUUUGUCACUGGCGGUCUUCAAAAACAAUACAAAUUACGAGUCGGGCGGUAUAUGACGAAAUGUUUGAUCGACCAUUGGAAGAACGACUCUGAGAGUCGAAAUGUUGAAGUUCUAGAGCAGUGGUUGGGUCUUGAAGUUUCCGCAUGCACAUACAAUAGCCGCAGGAUAAGACUGAUUGAACUAUUUGGGACGCAGACUAUGCUAAAUCACUUGCUGAAUGCAUCAAUCCAAUGGACCGACCCAGAAUGCGAGAGAAAUUUCUACUCUGCGCUUCAAGACUCAGACUACAAAGCGUUCCGUAGGCUGUAUAAGUCUCGGCGUGGCUGGCAGACUGAUCUAGAAUUCCCCAAUCAGCUCCUAGGCAAGAAAUGCCAGCAUAAUCCACCAGAUCGCUUCGAUCCCAAACAUAUAGGCGGCGGAAGCUCUCCCCCGAGGCAAAUUCGUGAUGGAUCGCUUUUGCAGACAUCGAGUCACCUGAAUAGUUCCUGUGUCCCGAACUCUCUACGUGGAUGGCGUCACAGGAUCAAGAAUUCCAGGCAUGUUAGUUCGGCUCCAAGGUAUGAAUUUGGUUGGUGUUUAACAGCCUUGAAAGAGGGCGAUGUUUUUGAGUUCGGCGCGAAAGGUCAUCUCAAGGUCAUCACACGGCUCAGUAAGGACCAGGUGCUAGUAGAAUGGCGCAAUCCGAACAGACCUCAGGAUAUCUUGCACAAUGUUUCACACAAAGUCCUGACAAUGGCAAGUGUCACGCCUAUAAUCCGCAAGGUUGUCGACAGUCCCCCACCUCGUCUUAUGCACUAUGAACGCAUACAGGCAGAGGACAGUAACACCAAACCAGUGCACUUUCUUAUCAUCAGCAAAUCUAAGGAAAUGCUGCGCUCCCGUCAAUCUUCACGAAGACCAUCUUUGCAUGCCGAUUCGAAUCCCACAGUCCAUCAAUACGAAUCCGGCUCUUCUCUAGGCAGUAUUCCCAGAACCACACCAUCUCAACCAAUUAUCUCGCAACGAGUACACAACGACUUGAUCAGGAGGGAGAUUGUACACAGAUUUUCCAGGCAGUUGGAAAUUCUACCAACCCGGAUCGACAACAACGAAGAGACAACGUCGCAAGGUAGAGCUCGAAGAUAG